AUGGCAUGCCAUCUCUCUGCAGGCAGCUGUGUGGGUCGCUGUGGCGAGAGUUUCUCCAGAGGAAAGCAGUGCACCUGUGACUUCAGCUGCCUGCAACACAACGAGUGCUGCCAAGACUUCCAGGCUGUUUGCACCACUGCUCAGUCCUGUCAGGGUCGCUGCACUGAGACGUUCAGGCGCGGUCGGCUGUGUGAGUGUGAUCCAGAGUGCGUCCACUUCAACACCUGUUGUCAUGACUACCAGCUGCACUGUGAUGCCAGCGUGUCAGUUUCACAGCCCAGGACUUUCCAGCCUCAGAGGGCUGCAGCUUCAGGAAAUCGGAAGUCACAGAAGAGCAGGAAAAGGUCCAACAGUGAGAGCGAGGAAUGGUACACAGGAAGGAGCCCCUGCCCACAGUACCCCGGGGGUCAGUGUCCAGGUGCAUUAGGCCUCCUCAACACGCUGACUGCCUCAUCCUCUGACCCCAACGCUCCAGCUGUACCAAGCAAUCCACUACAGCACGGUGGGAGUAACAUCCCUGUCGGUCUACUGCCAGUGUCCGGCGCUUCCUCUUACGGUGGAGCUCCAGACUCACCAGCACCUGGCUCCUCUCUAUCCAGCUACAGUGCUCCAUCUCGGGGCAGCGGUGCUUCUGGCAGUCCCUCUGGUCCUGGACCAGCCGGUGGAACAAUUAACGUCCACCUGGUGCUGACACCUGGUGGAGUCGCUCCAUCUGGGCCAAAUCAAGGUCUCAGUGGCCCAGCAGGCUCCAGGCCCAGCACCCUGCAGGACAUAGCACAGGGACUGGGUCUCCCUGUGGCGGAGGCAGGUUCUGAGGGACCAGGGGCAGGACUCUUGGGUGAUGUCGACCUAUGCAGUGAGUCUCCCAUCAAUGGACUGACAGCUCUCAGUAAUGGAACCAUACUGAUAUUUAAAGGUGAGCUGUUCUGGUCAGUGGACCCCGUCAGCCGUUCAGUUGGCCAUCCACAGAGCAUCACAGACACUCUGGGUGUCCCCUCUCCCAUCGAUUCGGUCUUCACACGCUGCAACUGCCUUGGAAACACCUACAUCAUCAAGGGAGACCAGUACUGGCGCCUGGAUGGGAACAUGGUGAUGGAGCCGGGCUACCCCAAACCUCUGACCUCUGAGUUCCCAGGUCUGACAGGCAGCAUCAGUGCCGCACUGCCAACACCAGCCAGCAGGAACAGACCAGAGACUGUGUAUUUCUUUAAGAAUGGAGACGUCAUGCAGAGGUUCACCUUCCCAUCAGGCAGCACUCCAUCCUGCAGCAAGAAACCAAGAAGCCCCUCUCAGAGGCGUGGCCCUCAACCUGCUGAAAUUCUUCUGAGUGGAGAGAUCAACCUCAAAGUGUCUCUGAAGGGAUUCCCCACGCCGGUCACCUCUGCUCUGUCCAUGCCCAGCCCUCAGAUGAGUGACCCGUACGAGCACUACGUCUUCUCUGGACCUCUCUUCUUCAGAGUCCAGAUUUCAGGGAACCUGCCAGCGCUGGUCAAACCUGACCCAUCUGCAGCCUUCGCACCCCUACCCAUCCUCAGCCCCGCUGCUGUGGCAACCCAGUCGGCCAACAUGGCAGCCCAGAAUGCCAACCCUCCCCGCCCAGCCCCAGCCAAUUCCAUCACAGUUUGGCUGCGCUGUCCAUAG